AUGACGGCAUUACGUCACGCGUUUGAAGCUAAAAGUACGACAGGGUUGUUUCUUAAAAUUUCAAAAGGAAUUUAUCCACCUAUUCCAAGCCUCUACUCUAAAAAUCUUAGAAAACUUGUUUCAUCAUUACUGAAAAUAUCCCCGAAUGAUCGACCUUCUGUUGAGGACAUUCUUAAAUUAAACUUUUUGAAAAAUCACAUAGAACGCGUCACGAAAAAGCUGGGACUAACUCUCUCGUGCCAGGAUACUUCUUCUCAAAAGUUAAGCGUAGAUCAUCAAUCACAAUGUGAAGAAAAUACUGAUACUUCUUUAUCGAAUUCGCGAUUAAUUGAUAAUUUUUUUAAAGAAAUUGGGUUUAAUCCUGUUAGUAGAGUGUCUUAUGGUAAAAUUUACCAAGAAAAAAGACGGCAAAAACCGGCAGAGAUGAAUCUUAAUGCAUUAUCAUCAGAAGGAAAAUCUCAAGAAACACAAGUUUCUUCAAACGUAAAAAAAUCUGAGAAUCACAAAAAUAUUCAAAAGCCACAGAAUGUCGUACAUAAAUCACAUGUGAAAGAAGAAUUCAUACGAAAAUCUUUGGCAAAAAGUGUCAAGGUCAUAACAAACCAUAAUGACGGCAGUACUGAAACUGGUGAAACUAAAAACAAUAAUCUUAAAAACAGUCCCCAACACAAUGGUACUGUGGAAUCUUCAGUAAAUUCUAAUAAUGUUGAUAACAUCUCACCAUCAAAUGAUGAGAUUGACAUUAUUCGUAACAGUUAUUUUUGCAGUGAGAAGACUACUAAUGAAACAAGAAAACCAAGUCAAACUAGUAACAUUAGAAAGAUCAACGAUAGUAGCGUCAAAUACAGUCAUGCUAGUAAAUGCAUUGCGUGCAGCCUUAAAAAAGUCGAUAAUAGUAACGCAAUCUAUAAUAGCAACAGUAGUAACGUAGACACCAAUAGGAAGGUUUCACGCAAUUUUAAUAAUUCUAAAAAAUUUGCCAUCAAGCAAAAACCAAUGAUCCAAAAUGAUAAAGUUUGCGUCUUAUCGAAAAAGCCAUCAAGUUCAUCAUCUCCCAUUAAAAUUGAUUCUCAAUCACAUAAAGUAACAUCAGAAAUAAUAAAAAAUUCAUCGACAACUAUCAAACAAGCCGUAUCUGUUCCAACUAACAAUGCUUCCAAUGCACCAAAUACUUUGCCACUUCCCACACCACCUUUAUCUCCAUCAAAAAAAGUUAAUUCUUCUAAUAAUGAAGAUAAUAUAAUGCCACCUAAAAUAACCAUCACGUCAUCAUCACUUUUAUACUCAAUCGCUAGUAAAGACACGAAAAAGAAGUCAUGGGAUACACCCUUCUCACUUAUUGAAGGAUUAAAACAAGAUCUUGAACAUUUAUUAGGGUUUGAUAAAUUCAAUCAAUGUUAUAAACUUUUAAUUUUACAUCAGAAGAAGCAAAAAAUUGGUGAUGAAAAUCAGAAUCAAUCAAGAAAGAUAAUAAGAGAAAAAAUUAUUGAAGCAAAGUUGAACCUUCUUCUAAACGGUAGAAGCCAACCUAAUUACAUACCCAUUCUGAAAGAGUUGG